GAUUUGGGGGUAUUUCACCCUCCAGAAGUGAGGUUCCGUGAAGUGUGAAAAUUCCUACUGCAAAGACUUUGCCAGAUUACUCACACUGAUUUAGAAUACAUUAACUUCCUAAUAUUAUAGGUUCAAAACCACAUUAGAGUAUCUUCAUUUUUUAUUCCAUUUCUCUUUUGAUCUACAAACCAUUUUAGAGUAGAGUAGACAGAGGAUUCCCUUGAUAAAGAGUUAGAAGUCAAAAUGGAUCAGAUCUUGUUGUGGAGUCUCCUGUUGAUUUUUUCUGGAAGUCAAGCCUCAAGACCAUUGUCUCAAAGAAAUAUGGAAUUUGCAGUGGAUCUUUAUCAAGCUAUUUGUUUAUCUCAUAAGAACAACAUUAUAUUUUCCCCCCUUGGAACAAUGUUGGGUCUUGGGAUGGUACAACUGGGAGCAAAAGGAAAAGCACAAGAGCAGAUAAGACAAACUUUAAAACUUCAGGAAACCUCAGCUGGAGAAGAAUUUUCUGUGCUGAAGUCAUUUUUCUCUGCCAUCUCAGAGAAAAAGCAAGAAUUUACAUUUAAUCUUGCCAAUGCCCUCUACCUUCAAGAAGGAUUCACUGUGAAAGAACAGUAUCUCCAUAGCAACAAGGACUUUUUUCAGAGUGCCAUAAAACUGGUGGAUUUUCAGGAUGCAAAGACUUCCGCAGAGACAAUAAGUACCUGGGUAGAAAGCAAAACAGAUGGGAAAAUUAAAGACAUGUUUUCAGGGGAAGACUUUGGCCCUCUGACUCGGCUUGUCCUGGUGAAUGCUGUUUAUUUCAAGGGCGACUGGAAGCAGAAAUUCACAAAAGAGAAGACACAGUUAAUGAAUUUUACUAAGAAAGAUGGUGCGCCAGUCAAAAUCCCAAUGAUGAAGGCUCUUGUGAGAACAAAAUAUGGUUAUUUUUCGGAAUCUUCCAUGAACUACCAGGUCUUGGAAUUACCUUAUAAAGGUGAUGAGUUUAGUUUAAUCAUCGUGCUUCCUGCAGAAGAUGUGAACAUAGAAGAAAUGGAAAAGCAAAUUACUGCUCAUCAAAUCCUGAAAUGGUUCUCUGAGAUGCAAGAAGAGGAAGUUGAAGUAGGCCUCCCUAGAUUUAAAGUAGAACAAAAAUUAGACUUCAAAGAAGCUUUGUAUUCUUUGAAUAUAACUGAGAUAUUUAGUGGUGGCUGUGACCUUUCUGGAAUAACAGACUCAGCUGAAGUGUUUGUUUCCCAAGUCAUGCAACACGUUUUUUUUGAGAUAAAUGAAGACGGCAGUGAAGCCGCAACAUUGACUGGCAUGCACAUCCCUGUGAUCAUGAGUCUGGCUCAAAACCAAUUUAUAGCAAAUCAUCCAUUUCUGUUUAUUGUGAAGAAUAACCCAACAGAAUCAAUUUUGUUUAUGGGAAGGGUGACAAAUCCUGACACCCAAAAGAUGAAGGGAAGAGAUUUAGAUUCACUGUGAUUGAAAAGAACAGCCUCAGAAUAUAAGAUGAUUCCUGAAAAAUAGUUGAUUGGCAAAAUAGCAUCAUCGUGCAAGUAUUUUCUACGUAUCUUUUUCUGUUUUAACUGUACCUGUAUUAAUCUGUACUGAUACAGACCUGUAUUAAUGAAUAAGUGAAAUUAUUAAUAAAUGAAUUUAUUCAUU